CAUUACCCUCCUUCAGGUCUUGGACGAACGAGAGUACCACCUGCGACCAGCUGACCACCCUGGCUACCAGCUAAGUGUUGAACCUGUCUACCAGUUGAAUACAGAAACAAUGAACCAGCUGAGGGUUGAACCAGUUGACCAGCUGUGGAGACAUGUCAUUUGUACUACGAGGCAACAUGAACAACACACCACUUUCAUAUUUAAGCCUGUGCUUGGAAGAUUUGGUGCAAUACAAUAUCUCCUGACCUCUGCCUUGCUGUCGGACAUACUCACUCUGAUUAUGCCUGGCAGCACGAUGGAAAUGCACUUUGGACAUGAGGAGGGAAGUGCCCUGGAUGUGGUGAGGCUGCCCAGAGGGGAUGUAGUCCUGAUACACAAGACAAGGGGGCGGGCCCUCUUCCUCACCUGGCAGAUCCUGGAUGCCCAAGUCAGAGUAACUGAUCAUUACCCAGGUCGUGAGGCUCACUGGAUCCUCCAGCUCAUAGAGGAGGACACAGAAAAGGUCACGGAGGAAGAUAUGGAGGAGGUAAACAAAAUGAGUGGCAUGGAGGAGGAGAUGAUGAUGGGUACAAAGGAAUUAACAAAAGCUGUGACUCGAGGAAAUGCCAUCAGGUAAGAGUGAGGGGCAAUGUGAUGGACUGCAAGAAGUAACAAGUGUCAGAUCACAAUUUAAAUUCUAUAAAAAUAAUAACUUAAUGUUGUUCUGAAAUUCAUUCAAAGGACAUCUGUGAGGAGUUGCUUGAAGACACCACUGUCAUGUUUUAUUUGUAAUUACAGUAUUCCCUUAUCCGAAAUCCUUGGGGCUAGAUGUGUUUCAGAUUUCGGAAUUUUUCGGAUUUCGGAAUGGUUAGUUUUUUUUUUUUUUUUUUUACA